AUGCAACCAACUAUAAACAAAAUAAUAUUUAUAACAUACCAAAAUGAUGAAAAUUCAAAACAAAUUCUAAAUAAUAAUUGGUUUUUUGGUUCAAAUAAAGCUUUGAAUUUAUCAAGUUAUGUAUGUGAUAAACAGGGACCACAAAAUAAUCAUUCUUCAAUUCUUUUUUCUUAUUGUUCGAAAGUACCAAUUCCAAUUAAUGGAUGGAUGCGAGCUCAAAAUUAUAAUGAAUCUGACGUAGGUUUUCUUAUAAUUACAUCUUCAACUUUUUAUCAUACAAGAGCAAUAGCUGUUCGAGAUACAUGGCUUUCUCGAAUUACAUAUAAAUAUUUUCUUAGUGAAAAACCUUAUUCAUGGUUACCAGUCACUGUUAUUAAAGAAGCAGGUGAAGAUAAAUUAUCUAAUAUGAAAAAAAUUUUUUAUGGUUUACAAAUUGUUUAUAAACAACAACAAAAUUCAUCAUAUCCACAUAAAUGGUAUUAUAUUGCUAGUUGUGAUACAUUUGUUAAUGUUCAUCAUAUACUUAAAAGAUUAGAUGCAUAUGAUUAUACGAAACCAUUUUUUAUUGGUGGUCAUAGUAGUAUGACAACAUGUCCAGAUACUAAAAGUAAAACGCUUACGAUUGAAUAUCCAGGUGAUGGUAAUGGAUUUUUUUUAAGUUCAAAAUUAGUUGAACUAAUUAUGCCUCAUUUAACGAAUUAUAUUGAAAAUAUUUGGCCACGAAAUAUGAGUCAAUGUAAUGAAUGUUCUGGUGUAGCGUUGACAUGUUUAAUAUAUAAAUUAGGUAUUCAAUUAACUAAAAUGCCUGGUUUUUGGACUAAUAAUCCUGAUCGUACGCUUUAUUUGGAUGGUCGAAAAGCAUUUCAUAAGGAUCCAGAACCGAAUACAUAUCAUAAAGUUUCACAUAAUGAAAUGUAUGAUUUAGAUGAAUUUUAUGCAUUGCAAUAUGUUGAUCGACUUGUUAAUGAUAAAAAUCGAAAAGAAUUAACUGAAUAUAUUCGAAGAUUUAUUUCAAGUCAUUAUGAUCUUUUAAGCAUGAAAAGAAGUGAAUGUACAUUACCUAAAAUAGGUAAUCAAACUUCUGUGUCUUAA